AAUAUCCUCUCUCUUUCUCUCCCUUCACUCACUCAAUCCCCACUCUCUCUCCGCUCUGGUCUUUCCUUUCACAAUAACAACUCCUCCUUCAAUCGUAAUCCAAAAAAAAAAAAAAAGUCCGUGAAGAGAAAGUCGUUGAUACUAAGAUUUCAAAACCUUUAUCCUCAGUUUUUUUUCACAAAACAAAUUAAAGUAAAGAUUUCUGGCAUAAAAAAUCUGACCUGAUCGUGAUAGUACACACCGGUAGUCAUAUUAUCCGGUAUUAUUAUUCUCUUUAUACUAAAUGAACCGGAAUGUCAGAUUCCGUCGACAUUUCACUGGUUACAACUUCUAAGAUUAUUUCAGACAAUAAGGUCUAAUAAGACACCUUUCGUAUAUCCUCCUCUUAAAGGAUAAAAAAAAGCUGUCUUUCUUUUCUUUUGGUUGUUUGUUCUUUCUUACAACUUUUACCUAUUUCAUCUUGAUCUCGAUUUUCGAAACUCAUUCGUAUUAUUAACUUUUACUGAGAAUUAGAUUCUCUUAUUUUGUGCAGAUUUUUGUUUUUCUGGCUGGCUGGAAUCUAGUUGGUUAAAUUUUCUGAUUGAUUGUUCAUUUGAAAGUAUAAAUUCAACUUUUUUUUUUUUCUUAUUUGUACUUUCAAACUCAUAGAUUUUCUCUUUUUAUUUUUUCUGUGGCUUUAAUUUAGUUCUUAUCUUUCUACUGUUAUCUUGUAUCACUGCAGCUUGUAUAAUUUUCAAAAAUUCCUCUUGCAUUUUUGAUAAAUGUAGGUUCAUUGAUUUAGGGUUUUUAGUCGAUUUUGUAUCUGCUUUUAUGUGCAAUUUAUGAUUUUGAGGUUAAUUUUCGGAUCCAAACCUAAUAUCUGAAAUCUAGGGUUUUUUAGGAUGAAUAGUACUCAGAAAAUAAGAGGAGCAGAUCUUGAAACGCCUUUCCCUGGAUGCAUGGGUAGGAUGGUUAAUCUCUUUGAUUUUGGGCCUGGCAUGACGGGGAACAAGCUUCUCAUUGAUAAAGAACAUCAAAAUGCUCCUAGGGGUCGACCGGAAGUGAUAAAGAAGACGUUGGAUCCUAUAGGAGAUCAGAUAGAGGAGAAGCAAAUAGGAUGUGAGUUGAAAAGGUCUCCUUCAAAUACAAAAUAUAAUGGAACACCCAUGAAGACGCUUAUAGCACAAGAAAUGUCUAGAGAAAAUGGGUGUAAGCAGAAUCCACCCAGUGUCGUUGCCAAGUUGAUGGGGCUUGAUACGCUCCCAGAGCGGCAGCCAAACUCAGCAGCACAAAGAAGUCAAUCAAAUGGUUAUCGGCGAAAUGCUUUUUCGCAACCAGGAACACCAAAUAGAUAUAUGCAGCAAGAUAAUGAUUUCUUGGAUAGGCGAAGGCCAAGUGAGAUUCCCCCAUACCAGGAUCAUUUAGAAUACAAAGAUGUAUACGAAGUCUGGCAAAAUUCUCCAAAAUCUUGUUAUGGUGAAGAUAAAUUGCCCCAGGGGGGUAGACAUAAAGAAAGCCAAGAUGAGAAAAAGAUGGCCCUAGUGCGUGAGAAGUUCAUUGAAGCAAAGCGCUUGUCUAUGAACGAAAAACAUCGACAGUCUAACGAGUUCCAAGAGGCAUUGGAGUUCUUGAGUUCAAACAAAGAUUUGUUCCUCAAGUUAUUGCAAGAACCAAAUUCUGUGUUCUCGAAUCAUCUAAAUGAAUUACAAUCUAUUCCCCCACCUGCUCAGACGAAACGCAUCACGGUACUUAAACCAUCUAGAACAAUGGAAAAUAACGGUUAUGUAGGAUUUGAAAGGAAGAGCGAGAAACCUGCAAAGAAACAAAAUCAGGUAGAUGAAGCAAAUGGAUGGAGUAAAAAAAAUCCUGGGUGGAGUUCUCCUUUCACCAAUAAUAACACUGACCAUUCUGCUCCACCAACCCGGAUUGUGGUUUUAAAACCUAGCCCCGGUAAGGCUCAUGAUAUCAAGGCUGUGGUUUCUUCACUUCCCUUAUCACCAAGACUGUAUCAGAGUAACGAUUUUUAUGAAGAACUUGAGAAUGAUGAGAUGCAGUCCUCAAGGAAAGUGGCUAUGGAAAUCACACUACAGAUGCGCGGAAGUGUAGAUAGCCAACAGAAGGAAGAGACUGUAAAUUCUUCUGUAUUUUCCAAUGGAUAUGUUGGAGAUGAAAGCUCCUUCAAUAGGUCAGAGAAUGAAUUCAUAGAGGAGGGAAACCUCUCUGAAACAGAAGUUGUGACACCAACUUCAAGGUAUUCAUGGGAUUAUGGCAAUAGAUUUGGUAGUCCAUACUCUUCGUCCUCCUUCAGUAGAGCAUCCUUGUCUCCGGAAUCUUCAGUUUGCAGGGAAGCAAAGAAGCGACUUUCAGAAAGGUGGGCGGUAGUUGCAUCAAACAGAAUAGGUCAAGAACAAAGGCAAGUUAGGAGAAGCUCCAGUACACUAGGUGAGAUGCUUGCUCUGUCUGAUGUGAAUAAAUCAGUAAGAUCUGGUGAAGUUGGGUCUGAUGGAAGACAGUGUGUCCCAACUAGCAAGUCCUGUGGUGGUGAACAGGACCUGAGUUACCCAUUGUCAUCUUUGGCGAUCUUUACGGGCAACAUUCAUGGUGGGGAAGAUUCUCCUAAGAAUCUAGUAAGGUCGAGAUCUCUCCCUGUAAGUUCUACGGUCUAUGGUACCACGUUGGUGGAUGAAGUUUCUAAUCCUCCAGUUAGUAAAGCUAGUAUUUCUAAUGAAGUGUCACAGUCAAAGAAUGGGAAAUCAUCGUUCAAGGGGAAAGUGUCGAGUUUGUUUUUCUUGAGAAACAAAAAAACAAUUAAGGAGAAAUUGAAUGUAUCAUUUGGCAGUGGUUCUGACAAAGAACCUCAAUCUGCCAUUGCUGAACUACCAGUUGUUGCAAAGAAGUCCAUCCCUGAUAUUGCAAGUGACAUUAUUCCUCCAUCUGUAACAAACAUUGGUGCUGAAGGAUUCUCAGUGCACAGUCCUAGAGGAUCCUUUUGCAACAACACUUCACCAGCUUCUGUUAUAGAACCAAAUCAAGGCAUCUUCUCCAAUGAGGCUGUACCGUGUGCGUUUAAACCUUGGUUUUCUGGAAGUCGAAGUGAGAACCAGGACCAACCAAGUCCUAUUUCAGUUUUGGAAAGACCAUUCGAAGAUGAUGUUAGCUCGACGAUGUCUUAUGAUAACAUCAAAUCAGACAUCCAAGCAGGUGAAUAUGCACUUCUUCGCUCUUUUAAGUCUAAUCUGAUCUCUAAAUCUCCACCAAUUGGAUCACUAGCUAGGUCAUUGUCGUGGGAUGAUUCUUGUUCAGAUGUAGCAACGACUGAUCCCCUUAAUUCCUGUCCACCCCUCUCUGAGGCAGAGGAAGAACAAGAAAGAUUUUUAUUUGUUCAGUCUUUACUGUCAUCCACAUCCCUAGAUUGGAACGGUCACUCUGAUAAUGUCUUCACCAGAUGGCAUUCACCAGAGUGCCCAUUGGACCCGUCCGUGUUGGACAAAUUUUUCAAUCAGGUAGAGGUCAAAGAGCAAACGUAUGGGGCUAAAUGCAGGAACAGGAAACUAAGAUCAAAUCACAAACUGUUAUUCGACUGUGUAAACACAGCGCUAAUGGAUAUCAUUGGUUAUGGAACAGAAACAAGUUUAUGGACUAGAAUGUCUAGUAAUUCCAGUAAAAGCCUAUCUAUAGGUGAAUCAGUGAUUAUGGAAGAAGUUUGGAGCCGAGUGAAGGAAUGGUUUUCAAACGAAUCAAAAUGUUUUUCAAGGGAAAAUGGAGACAAUAAUGGUUUGGUGGUUGAAACGGUAGUGCGAAAAGAAGUCGUAGGAAGAGGGUGGGUUGAACUUAUGCGGUUGGAAGUAGAUGGUAUUGGCAAUGAUAUUGAAGGAGAAGUGCUGGAAGAGCUAGUUGAUGAGGCUUUGUUUGACUUGACAGGUCGACUAUGUUAGAAGAUCAGGGUUCUUUUUUGCCCUUCAAUUGUUUGAGUUUAAUUUACUUAAUCUGAUUGUUGUAUCAUUAUCUUCAUCAUCUAUCUCAUAAUUAUCUCUGAAGUCCCACUUUUUAUUUGUUUAAUGCUUCAAAAUCUGUGUAUGUAGUUAUGUACUGUUUGGUUUUGAUUUUUUUUCUUUUAAAUCAACCUUGUAUCAUUGUAUGUAUUAUGUCUCUGUUUUCCUUAUAUAACCUAAUCUGCCAUUAUUUAUUUUUC